UUUUUUUUGGUUCCAAGCUUCGGCCGAGGACGCCCGCCAGGCGAGUCCAGCUUUCCGUGGUGCGCACCUGCAUCAUCAUUGUUGAAUUGGUAACAAAACAUCGCGGUCACUUGACGGCAUUUACUCUCCAUUCCGACUGCCCUAGACAUCAAACGUCGUGGGAUUCCUCUUUUGUCCUUGACCUUCAAUUCCAAAUUUCCAUCUUUCGCGGCCCAACUUAAUCAUGGCUACCAUCCCCCCCCCGACAAGCCCCAUGGGGACCCCUUCGGCACCAAUACCAGCCGAUUCGUCACUGUGGGAUCGCAUCUCGACAUGGGUCUCGGAGCACAAGGCCGUGGUCUACACUAUUGCCGGUGUCGCCGUUGUCGUCACAACUGCCGGCGCUGUCUACUAUGUCACCAGCGGGCCUAGCGAGGAAUCAACACCCAAGCUCAGCAAGAAGGAGAGGCGGAAACGGAAGCAGGCCGAGAGGGAUGCCGAAGCCAGGUCCACGUCCGCAAAGGACGCCGUGUCUCCAGCUGCCGCGGGCAAGGCUGCUUCUGUCGAAUCUGCGGACGAACUACCCGAGAUCGACGAGGCCUUUGUCCAGGGUCUCUCCGAAACCGAGCGUCAGCAGUACGCCCAAAAGUUGAAGGAGGCCGGCAACAAGGCCUACGGCGCCAAGGACUUCGAAAAGGCCAUUGGGCUCUACUCCAAGGCCGUGCUCUGCAAGCCCGAUCCGGUCUACUACUCCAACCGCGCCGCCUGCUACAAUGCGCUUAGCGAAUGGGACAAGGUCGUCGAGGACACCACCGCUGCUAUCAACCUCAACCCCGAGUACAUCAAGGCCCUCAACCGCCGUGCCAAUGCCUAUGACCACCUGGGCAAGUACAGCGAAGCGCUUCUCGACUUCACCGCGAGCUGCAUAAUCGAUGGGUUCCGGAACGAGCAGAGCGCACAGGCUGUCGAGCGUCUGCUCAAGAAGUUUGCCGAGACGAAGGCGAAAGAAAUCCUCGAGACAAAGCCGUCUAAGCUCCCGAGCUCCACGUUUGUCGGGAACUACCUCCAAAGCUUCCGCCUAAAGCCCCGUCCGGAUGGCUUGGAAGACUCGGAGGAGUUGGAGGAGGAUACCGGAUUGGGCCAGCUGCAGAAGGGGUUGAAGGCGUUGGAGAGCAAGACGGGGCCGGGCUACGAGGAGGCUGCCGAGGCUUUCGACCAGGCCUUGGAACUUGGCGAUCUCGACGAGCACGAAGCAUACGCCUACAACCUUCGCGGAACCUUCCGUUGCCUGAAGGGAAAGCACGAGGAAGCGCUGGCGGAUCUGUCCAAGAGCAUCGAGUUGGACCCGGAGAUGACCCAGAGUUACAUCAAGCGCGCGAGCAUGAAUCUAGAGCUUGGUUCCCCUGAGAAGGCUGAGGAGGAUUUCGCGGCUGCCCUGUCCAAGAACGCCGAGGAUCCUGACAUCUACUACCACCGGGCUCAGCUGCACUUCAUCAAGGGCGAGUUUUCCGAGGCACAGAAGGACUACCAGAAGUCGAUCGACCUCGACCCCGACUUCAUCUUCUCCCACAUCCAGCUCGGUGUGACCCAGUACAAGACGGGUUCGAUCGCCUCGUCCAUGGCCACUUUCCGCCGCUGCAUGAAGAACUUCGAGAAGACUCCCGACGUCUACAACUACUACGGCGAGCUGCUCCUCGAUCAGGACAAGCACCAAGAGGCCAUCGAGAAGUUCGACACGGCCAUUGAACUCGAGCGCGAGACCAAGCCCACGUGCAUGAACGUGCUGCCGCUCAUCAACAAGUCCCUCGCCGUGUUCCAAUGGAAGCAAGAUUUCUCCGAGGCCGAGAAGCUUUGCGAGAAGGCUCUUAUCAUCGACCCCGAGUGCGACAUCGCCGUCGCCACCAUGGCUCAGCUGCUCCUCCAGCAGGGCAAGGUGACCGAGGCCCUCAGGUAUUUCGAGCGUGCCGCCGAGCUGGCUCGUACCGAAGGCGAGCUGGUUAACGCGCUCUCAUACGCUGAGGCUACUCGGACACAGAUCCAGGUCCAAGAAAAGUACCCCAAGUUAGCUAGCAAGCUGCAGGGUAUGGGCCAGGGCCAGGCCAUGAUGCGGUAAACGUUGUGUUCAUAGGCGAAAUUGAUGGCCAACGUUGAUCAAUCACACAGCCAAUUCGUCCAUCAAACCAUACUUAGUUGACUGGGAUGAGCUUUGGUUAUGUAAAGGGAAAAGAAAAGUGCUUGACAAUGUGACCUGGCGGUGGGUGAGACAUAUACAUCACCACCGGGCUCCUAUGUCUCUCUUUAUAUACCUUAUCUCUCGGG